CACAGGUUCACUCAGGCCAUGCGGAACCAGCCCCGGAUGGACAGCCUGGACACGCCCACGGCCUACCAGGCCGGCCUCGUGCUGCUGGGCGCCGGCAGCGUGCUGGUGCUCUCCAGCUUCUCCGCCCUGGGCUUCACCGGGACCUUCCUGGGUGAUUACUUCGGGAUCCUCAAGGAGGCCAGAGUGACCACGUUCCCGUUUAACAUCCUGGACAACCCCAUGUACUGGGGCAGCACAGCCAACUACCUGGGCUGGGCCGUCAUGCACGCCAGCCCCGCCGGCCUGCUGCUGACUGGGGUGGUGGCCCUCGUCUACACGGCAGCCACCCUGUACGAGGAGCCCUUCACUGCUGAGAUCUACCGGCAGAAAGCCUCCCAGUCCCGCAAGAGCCGCUGACGGGCUGCCCGGCAUCUCACCUCUCGCCGGCCUCCCCGGGGCCACGUCGAGACAGCGAACGUGCCCGCUGCUGCUCGUUUGCUGCUGCUCGUGCCUGCUGGCGUGGGCCCCUCCAGUGCCUUGGAAACCGCUGCCCGGGGACCUCGGACCUGCUACCAUGUGGCCACUGAGCCCUUCCUACUGCCCACCAUGUUUAACUCCCCAAUAAAGGCCCUGACCCCA